UCCUUUCAUUUUCAUUUUCCCUGGUGCUGGGAAGUGCAGUUCCACUUGGGGCACCACGAGCUUGCUAAGGCGCUCCAGGUCUUUGUGUGCAGCAGCAGCCACCCAGGCUGGAGCACAGCCCAUGAACCCGGGUGCAGGAAGCCCAGGCAGCAGCUGGUAGCGGCUGAGAUGUCUCAGGGACCGUGGCGGCCUCAGCACCACAGCACCCUGUUCAUCCCCAGGGCGCGGGGAAGCCGAGCACAGGGCGCCGUGUACCUGCUCCUGGCUGUGUGUGCCGCAGCGCUGUACCUGACCGGGGAGCCCCUCGUGCCCACCGCCCGCAGCCUCACCUGCCACUUUCUGGCCCUGCAGAUCGGGGUGCUGCUCAAGGGCACCUGCUACCUGGCAGAGGAGAUCUUCCACCUCCAGUCCAGGCACCGCGGCAGCUUCUGGAGGGUGCUGAGCGCCUGCUUCCCGCUGCGCUGGCCCACACUGCUCCUCUGCACCUUAGCAUAUGUGUCUCUUCUCGAUGAAGACAGGCAGAAGCUUGGCCUCCACCUCAGCCUGGCUGCCCUGUGCCAUCUCCUCAGCCUCACCCUGGGGCUUCACAAGCCCUCAGCAGUGGAGGUGUCUGAGAUGUCCGAGAGGUCCAAGCAGAACGUCGCUCAUGGGCUUGCCUGGUCUUAUUAUGUUGGGUACCUAAAAAUAGUCCUGCCACGGCUGCAAAAGUCAAUGGAGGAAUUCAGCAGAGCCAACCCCAGCGUGCUGUCAUGCAGGGAGACCUGGAAGCUCCACAUCUUGGUCCCUCUGAGCUGUGAUGUCUGUGAUGACCUGGAGAAAGCUGACAGCAACAUCCAGUACCUGACAGACCUCAUGGAAACCACUCUGACCCGAGCUGGCACCAAAAACAGGGUCUACAAACACAGCCUCUAUGCCAUCAGGGAUGAAGAUAACAAGCUCUGGCCCUGUGCAGUGGAAUAUGCCACCCCACUGCAGUCCCUCUACGCCAUGUCCCAGGAUGAGUGUGCUGCCUUCAGCCGGGAGGACCGCCUGGAACAGGCCAAGAUUUUCUACAGGACCUUGGAGGAGAUCCUGAAAUGCUCCAAGGAGUGCGCGGGUACCUACCGGCUCAUUGUCUAUGAGGAGUCAGGAGAAGCAGAGCCCCAUUUCUUGUCCAGAGAGAUCCUGUGGCACCUCCAGCAGCAGCACUGUGAGGAGUACACAGUGCAGGAGGAGAACAUCCCCCACACCCCAUCCACCACCCUCGACUCAGCAGAGCUCAGCCUUCAGAUCAGCAGCUCAGACCUGCCACAGGCACUGCGAAGUGAUGGCUUCUAAAGCACCUAAAGCACUGCCCAGCCCCACACCGUCCCCUAGGGCCUGCCCCAGCCCCUUUCUCCUGCAGCAAUUGCUGCCCAUGGCAGUGAGCCCCAGCCUCCUGCAGGAACUGCCCACCAAAGAAUUCUGUGCAUCAUGGUUACUGGAAACUGCUGCCUCAAACCACAGCCCUGUGACACGCUUUCUAUCUUCAUUAUGUCCAUCUCAUAUAGUCAUCUGUGAAUGUUUGGGUUUGGUUUCAGUCUGCUUUGAUUUGUGUCAUAUAAAGCAUUUUCCUCUGGGCAAA